AGUAAAUCAUUUGCAGUAAAAUUGUACACCUCGUCGAGCACAAAAGGACUCGAAAUGUUAACGUGAACAUUUGUUUAAAUUCGCGCCGAAUCCUGUCUAGUGAUUCGAAAAAGAGGAAUUUAUCGCAGGGACUUUCGAGCGCGGGAAAUGUCUCGCGAUCGUCGGCUGUUCCCGGGUUCCCGCGCAAACGAGCGAUCGGCGCCAAAAUAUCUGACGUGCAUGCGCACUAUCAUCAUGGUUGCGCGGGCCGCGGCUUCAUUGGACUUCAUUCGGCUUUCAGCGUUCGGUGUUGGCGUGUCAGCACGAUUCCGAGCGCAUCUUCCUAUCUAUCUCGCAGUCGCACUUCCUCCCCGUUCCUCCCUCGUGCAAGGAAUAAGCAAACGUACUUGAUUUAACGGCAAGACAUGUCUGGACGCGGCAAAGGUGGUAAGACCAAGGGAAAGGCGAAGACCCGUAGCAGCAGGGCCGGGCUGCAGUUCCCUGUGGGAAGAAUUCAUCGUCUUCUCAGGAAAGGCAACUACGCGGAACGCGUUGGUGCCGGUGCUCCCGUUUAUCUCGCCGCCGUGAUGGAGUAUCUGGCGGCCGAAGUGCUCGAAUUGGCUGGAAAUGCUGCCAGGGACAACAAAAAGACUAGGAUAAUUCCACGCCACUUGCAACUGGCCAUUCGCAAUGACGAAGAAUUGAACAAAUUAUUGUCUGGAGUGACCAUUGCUCAAGGUGGAGUCCUGCCUAAUAUCCAAGCGGUUCUGCUGCCGAAGAAGACCGGUACUGGUGGCUCUGGAAAGGGCGACAAGGCGUCGCAGGAAUAUUAGAUUAUUACACGUUUAUAACUUUAACCGUAAUUCUAGAGACAUGCCUUUAUUUCGCAAAACCGGAGGAAAAGGAACGAAUGUCCUUACAAAUCUGUGCAACAGGGCUGGUUUUACAUGGUUGACGAUAAAAAAUUAUGGAGAUUGAUAACAAACAUCGGUUACGUUCAGCAAAGAAAGCAGUUUUGCUAUUAAA